AUGAAGACCACCGCCGUCCUUGGCCUGCUCGCCCUGGUCCCCAGCGCCCUCGGCCUUGGGACCUGCCAUGCCGGCCAGCGCUACUGCGGCAGCUGGCUCAUCGACAAAGACGGGUAUUCCGUGGCGGACCUCCAGAAGGCCGUCCACGGUCCGAAUGUGAAGCCGUACCCGCCGCCGCACAACAACUGGAGAGACUCGCUGUUUCUCUGCAACAGAAGAAGCGAGAUUGAAUUUAUGGAGUACUGCUGGCAGGGCUGUCAUGAGUCUGGUGGGGACGGUGAGAAUGAUGUCUGCAACACUGCAUCGCUCGGCUUUGGAUAG